UUCCACUCCCAGUGCCCCCCAUUCCGCUCCCAGUGCUCCCAGUGCCCCCCAUUCCGUUCCCAGUGCUCCCAGUCCGUCUCCCCACAGGCUUUCUGGACCCGUUUCUUCCCGGCCUUUCAGCGGCUCCGGGCUCUGGUGGCCGAGGGGGCUUUGGGGACCCCCCUCCUGUUCCGGGGGUCCCUGGGCUUCAACCUGGUGCGGGUGGAGCGGCUGCGGGAGCCGGCACUGGGCGGGGGGGCCCUGCUGGACCUGGGCUGCUAUGGGGUGCAGAUGGCACUGGCCCUGAUGGGGGGCUCCCCCAAAGCCCUGUGGGCCCACGGCGUCCUGCACCCCACUGGGGUGGACGAGUCGGUGACGGUGACGAUGGAUUUCGGGGGUCAGCGCCUGGCCACGAUCACCUGCUCCAUGGCCGCGGAACUGCCCGGGGGGGCCGCCCUGGGGGGCACCAAGGGCUGGGCACAGUUCCCCGAGCACAUGAACUGCCCCACGGAGCUGAUCUGGGGGGGCAACAAGGAGGUUUUCCCGCUGCCCCCCCCCUCGCAGCCCCUCAACUUCUCCAACGGGACCGGGCUGCGCUUCGAGGCCCAGCACGUCCGGGAGUGCCUGCUGCAGGGUCUGACCGAGAGCCCGGUGAUGCCUCUGGCCGAGAGCGAACUCAUCGCGCGGCUCCUGGAGCAGGCCCGGGAUCAAGUGGGGGCUGCGGGGCCGGGGGGGGGGGCUCAAAGGGAGAGCCCACCCCUCAGAGACAGCCCUGAGCCACCCCAGAGCCCCCCCGGGGUGACCCCGUGACCCCAGAGUCACCCCCUCCCCACACCAAUCCAGCAAUAAAGGAUUUAAAAACCUC